AUGAGACCAAUGCUCCGAUUUGGUCGAUUACCAUAUUCUACAUAUGUAAGAACAGCCUUCUUGCCUACUAUAUAUGCGUUGUCGACUUCUAUCGGACAAAGAUCUGCCAUCGCCGUUGUAAGAGUAUCUGGAUCUCAUUCCAAGUACAUUUACCACAGCCUUACAGAGUCCCAAGCCGAGCCCAUUGCAAGAAGAGCUUCCUUACGGAAUCUAUAUGAGCCUGGCUUACAAACGAAAAAUCUAUUAGACUCAUCGAUAUCAUUAUAUUUUGAUGCUCCCAAAUCAUUUACUGGCGAAGAUAUGCUAGAAUUGCAUGUACAUGGCGGCCAAGCUGUGGUAAGAAGUGUCUUAAAUGCAAUUGGCAGCCUUAAUGAUCGCAAAAGAGGUAGAGAGAUCAGGUAUGCACAGCCGGGAGAGUUUUCCCAGCGGGCAUUUCAAAACGGGCGUGCCGAUCUUACUCAAAUAGAGGGCAUUGGAGAAUUGAUCGACGCGGAGACAGAAACCCAACGUAGAAGCGCCUUAUCUAGUUUCAAGGGUUUGAACAGGGCUUUAUUUGCAGAAUGGAGGGCCAGGAUUGUUAAUAACAUUGCUCAGCUAACAGCAAUAAUCGAUUUUGGCGAGGAUACUGACAUUACUGAUGUUGACCAGAUUUUCAAUAAUGUGACAGCAGAGGUGAAAGCUGUUGAGCAAGAAGUCACUGAUUUUAUCCACAAAAUCGAUAAAUCAAGCAUUUUACAAAGAGGCAUUAAACUUGUUUUGUUAGGACAACCAAAUGCAGGUAAAUCUUCACUACUUAAUAGUAUAACCAAAGCUGAAACUGCAAUUGUUAGCAACAUUCCAGGUACGACAAGAGAUGCGAUAGAUGUCCCCCUUGAUAUAAAUGGUUACAAGGUAGUCCUAUGCGAUACGGCGGGUUUGAGAAGCAAUAGUGACGACCAGAUUGAAAAAGAGGGAAUCAAAAGAGCGCAACUGAAAAGCUCUCAAAGUGACAUUGUACUUGUGCUCAUUGAUCCGACGAACGACCCGCUGAUCACUAUCGAUGUUGAGAAGUAUAUCAAAGAAGAGCUCAGUGACAAAGAUGUAAUUAUAGUAGUAAACAAAGCGGAUUUGAUGGAUGAUACAUCAACCAAUUUGGUACGCAAAAUGCUUAAAAACAAAUUCCAAGGUAGUUAUUCAAUUGAGGUAGUGUCGUGUUUGAAUGAGCAGGGCAUAGAUAACCUAUUAAGAAAACUGACUGACAGAUUUAAAAAGUUAGCAACUUCUGAAGAAGGAUCUGACCCCGUAGUUGUAUCAAAAAGAGUGCAAGAAAUACUCGAAAAUGACGUAUUGUUUGGCAUUAAAGAAUUUCUGACUUUCAGACAAUACGAUGAUGUGGUAAUGGCUUCGGAAAGCCUCAACUAUGCCGCUGAGGGCAUCGGAAAAAUCACGGGAGAGACAGUCGGCGUGGAGGAAGUUCUGGGAGUCGUUUUUUCACGCUUCUGUGUAGGUAAGUAG